UUUGCCGGUCAUCUUUUAAGACCCUUUCAAUUUGAUUUUUUUGCGAUAAAAAUGUCAUAUUUUCAGCUUUCUGUUGUUAUUUUAGUGAUAUCUUUCAUCGUUUAUAAAGUUCCUAGUUUAUUUGAGCCAAAAUUACUUCCGAUUGUAGAGGGAUUUUUCCAACCAGAAUUUAUGGAUGUUGCCAAAUUGUUUCAGAGGAAUAUGGAAAGUGGUAAGGAACAGGGUGCAUCCUUCGCAGUUUAUCAUGAUGGUGAGCUUGUAGUUGAUAUGUGGGCUGGCUAUGCGGAUAGAGACAGCAUGAGGAGGUGGAGGAACGAAACUACGUCCCUAGCAUUUGGCUGUACUAAAGGAGUAAUGGCAUUUCUUAUUGCACUGAUGGUUGAAAGAGGUGUGUUAAACUACAGUAGACCAGUUGUUGAAUAUUGGCCAAAGUUUGGCGGCAAUGGAAAAGAAGAUAUCACUUUAGAAAUGUUGAUAAAUCACCAGGCUGGUUUACCUUACAUGAAAGAAGCCAUAUCUUUGAGAGAUUUGGUGACAGAUAGAAAGCAUGUAGAGGAUGCUAUAUUCUCCCAGGUUCCUGUGUGGAAACCAGGUACAACACAUGGUGUCCAUGAAUGGACAUAUGGUGUGAUACUUGAUGACCUAGUUCAGAGAGUUGAUCCAAAACACAGACCAGUCUCGCAAAUAUUUGAAGAAGAAAUUGCAUCACAAUUAGGUGUAGAGUUUGACCUUCAUUUAAAGAAGAAAGAUGUUCAUAAGACAGCAAGGAUUUUUAAACCAUCUGUAUACCAGACUGUAGUCCAGGCAAUUGUCAGUCCAUCUUACCUGAAACUUUAUGCAGAAUAUUUUACAUCGUCUGACUCAUUAAUCAGUAAAGUGUGGGGCACCUUGAAGGAAAACCUUUUGCCAGUUACUGUGUUUAAUGACCCGGAACUAAGGGAGAUAACUUUGUCAUCUAAUUCUGGCACUGGGACAGCGAGAGGUCUAGCUAAAUUAUUCAGUGUGUUGGCCAAUAAUGGUAUGUUUGAAGGUAAUAGAAUAUUGAGAGAGGAGACGAUAGAGAAGAUGAGACAGCCAGCUACUGGUGGUACUUGUGCUGUAACCGGUCUACCUAAGGCGUUCAGUCUUGGUAUGCAAGUAUUUACCAACCCACAGGGGGAGACAACUAUAGGUUAUGCAGGACACGGAGGACAGAUGGUUAUAGCUGACCCUACUAACAAACUUUCUAUAGCUUAUCUCACAAGUUACCUCUCUAUAUACAGCAACGGAGAUGACCCAAAAUUCACAGCCAUGCAGAAAGCAGUAUAUAACAGUCUACAGAAAUAUAUCUAUAGAAAAGAGAGAAUGGCUAAAACAUGACAUAUUUGAAUAAACAUGAUACAUUUGAGCAUUUUCACAUUCCACACUCACUCGACUAUAUAAAUUCAAAUGACUUGUGACGUCAUUUGCAUAACACACAUGUAAUUAUAGUGUAGAAGAAGCAUAUAGUAAUGAUGACUUAAGACGCUCAUCGGCUGUGCGAGAAACUGUUUAAAUAUUUAAAUACAGUAAUGAAAGUACAUGAAAUCAGGUGACGUGAUUUAAAUCAAGUAAUAUGCCAUAAAGAACAAAAUGUGGCAAUAAUUAUUUAACAAAAUAAUUGUGGUAUUAAAGAAGUAUAAAAAAAGAAUGCCAGUGAGGGUUUGCAAAGUUGUAUGGACUUUAUGUCGUUGAUAAAACUCAGUAUUUCACUGGUUAGCAUAAAAAAGUGCCCUGUUUGGUACAUUUUUCCUUUGGUUAUUUAUGGUCAUAAAUUUAACGUAAAUGUAGGAGUGUGAAUUAGAAACCUUUUUAAGCUAGGAGUUAUGGGUUAGAGUUCCUAGUUAGAGAGACCAUGGCUUUAAUUAUAUGUACAUGUAAUUAAAGGCGUGGAGAGACAAUAUAUACUUGUAUGUGCAUAAUGUCACUUUAACCACGCAGUCGCAGUCUCCUUUCGUUAACAGUGUCUUGCACUGCAAAGAAAGAAAAUGUAAACACUCCAGUAAGAACACAAUCGUGUUUUUAUUGUUUGUUCUAAAACGAAAAUGCAUUUUGAAUGGUAAAUUUAAGUGAAAAGUGUACGUGUAUGGCGUACAUUUUGAUUAUUGCACGGACUUUAAUUGUAAUAUAAAUCCGUGAUUAGUGUCUUAGCACAGUAUAUGAGCUUAGUAUUGUUCAAAUUUGUUAAAAUACAUAUCACAUAAAUUAUAUGUUAAUACAUGAUUUUAUGUUAAUAAUAUUAUACAUAUGACACAUAUAUUAUGAAACUAGAAACAUUUAUUAAAUUAAAA